AUGUCGGAGCAUUCUGAGCCCAUAAAAAUGUCAGAAAACAAAAAAGUGAUUUGCUCAGAGCUCAGUGUGAUGCAUAAUAUCAUAGUACUGAUGAAAGAAGUAGAAGAGUGUGUAGAAGAAAUGCUAAUAAGACUGGACGAGUUCUGUGGUAUGACUGAUAUGAUUAGAAGAGAUACAUUCCAGCUCUUGGAUAAGGCAUUUACGCAAAUUAAAGCCAAGCUGAUAGAAAUGAACAACAUCUAUAUCAAAGUGGAUUAAUUAGAGGCAUUUGUGAAAAUGGCCGGACAGUAUGUUUCUUCCCCAGAAGAACAAGUGCUUCAAGCUGAGAAGGCUUAUGCCAUCUUUCCCUGAACUCACUGGAAACUGCUUGGGUCAAUAACUAUACCUUCAUUUUAAAAAAAAUGUACUUCAGCUCCACAGAACACUUACAACCUCCCGGAUCUCUACAGAACUGAAGAUUAUUUUCUUAUCAAAUAUAUAGGUAGCAAGUAUCAAAGCCACUCGUAUUGUAUUUCAGUUGCUAUAGCAUUAAAACCAAUUUAAUUUAUAUGCUAGACAAAAGAGGAAAAUGACAUUUCUACAUUGUGUCUUUGCUAUUAAAGAUAAACCAAUCAUGGUAGGCAGUUUCAAGUUUUAACUAUAU